AUGAAAACGGAGGAAAAAACAAACGUACCCCGCGUGCGGAUAGCCGUGCUCGGGAACGUCAAUGUGGGAAAAUCCGCCCUCACGGUACGCUACCUGACGCGACGAUUCAUCGGCGAGUACAGCUCAAACACGGACCUGCUGUACAAGCAGACCGUCACCCUUGACAGUGGCGUGCUGGACGUGGAAAUUGUCGACAUUUCGGCGGAGAACGACAACGGUUUCCCGGUGGAGCAGAUUCAGUGGGCCGACGCGUGUCUCAUCGUGUACAGCAUCACAGACCGAAGCAGCUACGAGUACGCACAGCGAUCACUGGCAGAGCUGCGUCAGCUGCAAAACGCACCCUCGGCAUACCUGGUCGGCAAUAAGGCCGAUCUGGAUCACCUGCGAGAGGUCCAGGAAACAGAAGGCGCAUCAUUGGCCGCCUCACACGCGAUCGGUUUCUGCGAAGUCUCAGUCGCCGAUAACACGCCCGCCCUUUACAAAGCCUUCGAGCGGUUGCUGGUCGAAUCGCGAGCCCGCCCGGUUAAGCCACGCAAGUUCUCCGUCAGCAAGAUGUUCGGAACGCUGAUCGGUAAUAAUGGCACCCGGCAACCCCCAGCGAGCCAGGGUACGGUCGUACCCUGCCACAAGGGUGAGCUGCACAAAUCGCGAGUGAUGAAGCGACGUCAGGCCUUCACCGCGACCGCUUCCCUAUGA